AUGAACUCCGAUCGUUUCUCAUUUUUGAACUACCCUGAGCCUCGGGAAGGUCCUCAAGUGCCAUACAAGAAUGAGGCCCAGUCCAUUCCUGUCUUCCGAGGCACUACUUUGGCGAUAGGCGCGACAUUAAUUCAUAAUAUUGGUUUCAUCCAGAGCCAAUUCUGGCGCAACGCUGGCUUCGGUGUCAUUUGCGAAGUUCCUCAUCUCCACGAGUACGCCGGCCGCUAUGAUCCGACCGUGAUUCCUGUCGACAAUGCGCCCAGGGACGUACCUACACCUGCGGUAGGGAAGAGAAAAGGAGCCAAUUUCUAUUACACGUCGGCCGACUACCAUGCCUUGUAUUCGUCAGGCGAGCUGACCCCGACUGCGGUCGUUGAGACGUUGCUGCCUCUUGUGCGCCGCGACGCAAAGCCUCCGGGAAAGCACUCCAUUGCUUUCCUCGAGUCGAAGGUUGAGAUUGUUCGCGCCGCUGCAGAGGCUUCCACCGAACGGUAUAAGCAGGGCCGGCCGCUGGGGCCGCUCGACGGCAUUCCGGUCGCGAUCAAAGAUGAGGUUCACAUUACAGGGUACAAGCGAACUCUUGGAACAAAGUUGGAUUUUAAGAAUGGAAGUGACGCUACAUCUUGGUGUGUUCAACAAUGGCAAGAUGCUGGUGCGAUAGUAAUUGGAAAAACAACUAUGCAUGAGCUAGGUCUGGAUACUAAUAACAAUAACCCCAACUUUGGAACCCCUCGAAACCCCCAUAACAAUAAAUACUACUGCGGUGGAUCUUCUGGAGGAUCCGGCUAUGCAAUCGGCGCAGGGUUGGUACCAAUUGCACUCGGCGCCGACGGUGGUGGCUCGAUUCGUAUCCCAUCAUCAUUCUGUGGCAUCUGGGGCCUAAAGCCUACUCAUGGCCGUGUGUCUGGCACGCCAUCCCUGAGUCUUGCGCCGACUGUCGGUGUCCUCGGGCCUAUGGCGAGCAGCAUUGACGAUCUCGCUCUUGCAUAUCGUGUUAUGGCAGCUCCCGCCCCCGCUUCACAGGACCCAAUAUCAUCGCAAUUUCCUCGACCAUUGCCCCUGCCAUCUGAUCGUGAGAGGGCUAAGAAGAUUGGUAUCGUACGCGACUGGAUCGACCGUGCCGAGGCUCCUGUUCGGGAUGUGUUCGACUCUGCACUCGACUAUUACCGCGAGCACGGCUACGAGGUCAUCGAUAUCACAAUCCCGUACCUUCCCGAAGGCCAGCGGGCUCACGUCCUGACCAUCAUGGCCGAAAUCGCAUCUGGUGUGGACGUGCGCCAAAUUCGCCAUCUCACGGCACCGAACAAGGUUCUAGUUUCCUUGGGAAUGUGGCAGAUCACCGCGCAGGAGCUUCUCGCUGCCCAGCGCUUGCGCAACCUGCUCAUGACACACCUUGCGCAUCUUUUCAAGACACAUCCUGGUUUGAUGAUUUUCUCGCCAUCAACUCCAAUCCCGGGAUGGCACAUUGGCGGCGGUGAGGCUGAUCUUUCGCGCGGUCUGUCGGAUGGCAAAACCUCCGUUCGGAACAUGGAGUAUGUCUGGUUGGCGAACUUCACCGGCUGCCCGUCUAUCAGCUGCCCUGCUGGUUAUGCCAGGGAAAGUGGCGUGCCCGUUGGUGUUAUGGCUAUGAGCAAUUGGGGCACUGAAGAAGACCUGAUUGACUUUGCCCGGGAUGGCGAGGGUAUUCUGGACCUGCAUGUUCCCUCGGGCGAUGAAUCAGUGUGGGAAGAUGUCAUCGCCAAGGCAAAAGAGGAACAGUCUGCUUGA